AUGACUGCUGUGGAUCCUAUCGAGAUUCGUACUUUUUCUGAUUUGGUGAAAAAGGCGAGGGUGGUUGAGGAGUAUACCAAGACAAUGGCUGCGUCCAAGGACACUCAUGGAGGGAAUAGUAGCAAAGGACGUGGCAAGUAUUUCCAUCCUAGAGGUUCGAGUUUCAAGAGAGGAGGAUAUGCACCUCAAGGGCAAGGAGGCUUCAGAAAGAACACCCAAGAUCAGUUUCAGUGUGGCAAAGGAAGAGAAAAUCAGAGUAAGAAUUCUCCGGAUUUGACUUGUGUGCGUUGUGGACGUUUUCAUCCAUAUGACUCUUGCAAGAUUGGUUUAGGUGGGUGUUUCAACUGUGGCUUGCCUGGUCAUAUUGCAAGGGAUUGCACUCAUGGGAGGAACCUGAGUGCGGCUUCGUAUUCGUUUAUUUCGUUUGCUAAAGUUGAGGAAUUAGGCUUGAAAGUGUCAGAGUUACCAUUUGAUCUGCAUGUGCAUACUCCGCAUCAGACAGUUAUGACUAGGUCAGGUUGUAGGCAAGUAGGUUUCAAGCUUGAGGGUAGAGACUUUGUGCAUGAUUUGAUCUGUUUACCAAUGGUUGGGUUGCAGAUGAUUUUAGGGUUUGAUUAG